AUGGAGCAACAAUUAUUAUCGCUCCUGGCGGACACCCAGUCCUCCAAGACCGAUACCAGAAGAGCUGCAGAGUCUCAGCUGGAGACUCUCUACGCCCACGACUCCUUCGCAAUCUCACUCACAGCGAUUGCCUCUCACGAAUCAGUUCCAGUUAACCUACGCCAAUCUGCGCUUUCCGUCCUGCGUACCUUCAUUGCCGCCGCCUGGUCCCCCGCCCUAGACGAUUUCAAAGGACAAAUCCUCAUCAACGAUGCAAACAAGGCCAACGUCCGCCAGGCGCUUCUCGUACUCGCCACCAAUGAUAUCCCCGAGCGCAAGGUGAAGAACUCAGCAAGUUACGCUGUCAGCAAGAUUGCCAGUGCCGACUUCCCGGACGACUGGCCCGAGUUGCUCCCUUCGCUGCUGCGUAUCAUCAAUGACCCCGCCACUACCGAUGGCCAGAUGCACGGCGCGCUCAAAGUCCUCCUGGACUUGGUAGAUACAGGAUUCAGUGAGGAGCAGUUUUUCAAUGUCGCCCGGGAUCUCGUUUCGUCUCUGUUCGCCGUGGCUACCGCCGAGUCCAGACGCCCAAUGCUACGCGCUCUGGCUGUUGCAGUCUUCCGCUCCUGCUUCGAUACCUUGGAAAUGGUUCUGGAACAACACAAGACGGCUAUCAAGCAAUUUAUGGAUGAGGUACUUAGCGGGUGGUCGCCGUUCUUCGACACGACUUUGAAGGCACCCCUGCCGCAACCACCAAGCGAAGAGGAGGAGCAUAAAUCGGGGGAGAUUGCAUCGCAGUGGAGAGGAUUCGUUGGCUUGAAGUUACAAAUUGUCAAGACUGUGAUGAAAAUCCGCAUGGUUUUCCCUGCUCUUUUGACAGCACAGAGCACUCUCUUCUUCUCAACAGUCUGGACAGAACUCACCAACGCACUGCCGGUCUAUCAGAAUUUCUAUAUUGAGCAAGAGAGACAAAGUCGACUGGAGGAUGCGGAUGGUUUACCGCACUCGCUCGAUUUCCUCAUUCUAGAGGAGCUUGAUCUUAUUCAGGCCCUGCUGAAGGCUCCCCCAGUAAAAGCUGAAUUGCAACAGCAGCUUCAAAAUGCCGGUGCAAACGCCAGCACGUCUAGCUGGCUUCCAGAAAUCAUGAAGCUUGCCAGCUCCUAUGCACAAAUCACAACAGAGGAGGAGGCUUUAUGGGAGAUUGACGUGAACCUCUUCCUCUCGGAGGAGACUUCUGUCACGGCCAACUACACUCCCCGAACUUGCAGUGGUGAUCUUGUGAUCAAGACCGGCGAGUGGCUGAAGAGCACAGCUGCUGAGGGUCUCCUGAGCUACUUGAAUAUUGUCUUUGCUGAUUCAUCUGCAUCAUGGAAACAACGGGAAGCCGCCCUGUACAUUCUUAACUGCUUGCUUCGAGACUUUGGCGACGUAGACCAAGAAGUAUCACCAGAGCUGGCGUCCCACUUUGCCCAAUUCGUGCAGUACGCAAUGCAACAAGAACAGGAGCUCCUGCGUGCCCGAGGCUACCUUGUGGCGGGCUCACUGGCUAAAGUUGCCGGUGAGGCAUUCCAGCAGAAUACAUCCUCCUACCUAGAGGCUACUCUGAAGGCGAUUGCCGAAGAUCCUAACGAGGUGGUUCAAGUGGCUUGCAUUCGGGUGCUGCAAGAUUUGAUGCCCGCUCUGCCGACGGCGCAGGCCCGCCCCUUCCAACCGGCAGUGAUUGCGGCCAUCUCGAACUUCGUCUCUGUAAACGACCUUCGUGAACAAACUGAAUCUGACGAUCUCAAGGUCACGUUGGCGGAGACGCUUCGGGACACCAUCAUGGCCGACUCUAGUGUUGUCCUGUCUUCUACUGCCAUUGAUGUUAUGUUCAACAUUGCUAGCAGCGGCGCCGAAAACUUCCAGUUGACUUUGACAGUCACAGAAGCAUUCGAAGAUAUUGUAGACCAAAUCACUGACCUUGGCCCCGACGCUUACAUGCGCCUUUGCGAGAAGGUGCUUCCCUCGCUCAUGGGCGCGAUUGAUGUGGGCAGUCUGACCGAAGAAAACUCCUUGACGAAUUUCGCAGCCGAUCUUCUUCGCGCCUUGGCCGAGCGGAGUCCCGAACCAAUGCCCGCUGGUUUCGUUGACACAGUGAUGCCCAAGUUGAACCGUCUGCUACUAGAGUCUGAUGAGGCUGAAUUGAUUCGGCCAGCUACAGAAGCCGUACGACACAUGCUCGCUCAUGACUUUGCGCAGUUCGUUGUCUGGCGGGAUCCUCAAUCCGGAAAGGAAGCCAUUGAAGUUGUGUUGAUCAUUAUUGACCGCCUGCUGGGUCCGGCGGUGGAUGACAACGCAGCCACGGAAGUCGGCCAGCUAGCAGCGGAGUUGGUCGAGCGGGCCGGCUCCGAGCGCCUCGGCCCCUACUUGCCGCAGCUCCUGCAAGCAGUGGCGCAGCGACUGGCGACAGCACAGCAAGCGCAAUUCAUUCAAAGUCUUAUCCUAGUCUUCGCACGACUCACCCUCGUCAGCGCGCGCGAGGUAGUUGACUUCUUGGCUCAAGUGAACCUGGGCGGCCAGAGCGGGCUGAGUGUGGUUCUGAGCAAGUGGCUCGAGAACUCUGUCAACUUCGCCGGCUACGACGAGAUCAAGCAGAACAUCUUCGCCCUGGCGCGGUUAUACGAGCUUGCCGAUCCACGCGUGGCCGAAGUACCUGUCAAGGGCGACCUCAUAAUCCAGGAUACAGGCCGGAUCAAGACACGCUCGCAGGCGCGCCGAAACCCAGAUCAAUUCACGACCGUCCCUGCACCGCUGAAGAUUGUCAAGGUCUUGGUUGAAGAGCUGGGAGCAGCAUCCGGAAACAAGGAGAUUGAUGCUGCCGCGGCAGCUCUGGAAGAUGCCGACAGCGACGAUGGUGAUGACGACUGGGAAGAUGUUCCCAACCAGAUCUUCGACCUCGGCAUCGGAGCAUCGAAGCAGGGGCUGAUGGACUUCGCCGAGGGCGGCUCCGAGAGUGUCUUUGGGGUGCGUCGCCGAGACGACGAGACACAAGGCUUCCUGGCGGAUUUCUUCCGACGGGCCUCCACACAGCCUGGUUUCCAAGAAUUGUACGCCGCGUUGACUCCGGGUGAGCAGGCUAAGCUGCAGGGUCUGUGA